CAGGUGGGCUGACGAUGAUAUACACUCCGAAGAUGAAUGGGGUUAUAUGAGGGCAAGCACUGAGCUGGAACAGCAUCGAGACGAAGAAGUGCCCCCUCCAUUAUCGGAUGAUCCGAACGCCGAUGAUCAAAUAUUCGCCAUAGUUGUGAAUGGACAUUCUUUGGUGCACUGUCUGCAUCCAAAUUUGGAGAGGCUGUUCUGCGAGGUCACCAGCAGGUGCCGAUCUGUGAUAUGCUGCAGAGUGACACCACUGCAAAAGGCGUUAGUGGUUGAGUUGGUGAAGAAGACAAAAAGGGCUGUGACGCUUGCCAUCGGCGACGGAGCAAAUGACGUAUCCAUGAUCAAAGCUGCCCAUAUUGGAGUGGGAAUAUCUGGUCAAGAAGGUAUGCAAGCAGUAUUAGCGUCCGACUAUUCUAUAGCACAAUUCCGAUUUUUGGAACGGUUGCUGUUGGUUCAUGGACGUUGGUCCUACUACAGGAUGUGUAGCUUUCUCAGGUAUUUCUUCAACAAGAACUUCGCAUUUACGCUCUGCCACUUCUGGUACGCCUUUUUCUGUGGAUUCAGCGCCCAGACUGUGUUUGAUCCUAUGUAUAUAUCAAUUUAUAACCUGUUCUACACUUCGUUACCCGUACUUGGCGUUGGCAUCUUCGAUCAAGACGUCAACGAUAAAAACAGUAUUCUCUAUCCCCAGUUGUACAGACCCGGACACCUCAACUUGUUAUUUAAUAAGAAGGAAUUUUUUCGUAGCGCCCUGCAAGGCUGUUACGUCUCUAUGGUGCUGUUUUUUAUAGCUUUAGGUACAUAUUAUGAUGCAGUUAGCCCCGAUGGACAAGGAUUGUCUGACUACAUGUUGUUCUGUAGUGUGGCUGCAGCCAUAUUGGUUAUAGUCAACACCGCGCAGAUUGCCUUAGAUACAAUGUAUUGGACCAUCUUCAACCACAUCAUGAUAUGGGGUUCGCUAGCUUUUUAUUUCGUAGCAGAUAACUUUUAUAAUUACCUGUGCCACGGACCGUACGUCGGUUCACUCAUCAAGGCCAUGUCCGAAGCAAAUUUUUGGUUCACUACUGUCAUGGUGGUGACGAUAUCUGUGAUGCCGGUGCUUGCCUGGCGUUUCUACUUUGUAGACGUGCAUCCGACGCUGACUGAUAGGGUGAGACUGAAACAAAGGAUUGCCCAGGUCAGAUCCAGGCAAAGCCAAGAUGUCCUUAGGACGCCGUCUGCACGAAGAGCCAGAAGGUCCAUUCGUUCGGGAUACGCGUUCGCCCACCAAGAAGGUUUCGGUCGCCUGAUCACUUCCGGUAAAAUAAUGCGAAAGCUGCCGAACCCCGAAUUCAACAUCCCGAGCAUCAUCAACAAGCUGAACAUGAAUCACGGGAGCAGCGGAAGCGGCGGCGGGGGCAGCAGCAGUGGCGGCGGAGGUGAAUCAAAUAAUAAAGGAGGUGGCGGAGGCGGGAAUAGUAGCGGAGGUGGCAGCCACCACCAUCACAACAGAAAAAGUAGCGAAGGUAGUGCCCCACUCGCGCAACCUGAGAACACCCAGAGAGCCCCCAUUCAAGAUCUGGACACCAUCAACUUGUGAAAAAUGUGAAAAACAUACGGUGCCAGAUUUUCUUGACGACGGACAGCGCGGCAAUGAUAUACUUAAGCUUUAAGAGACAUGGGUUGCGACUGGGAGGUGUGUCUGGUUGACAGAUGUUUGGCGCGAAAUAAGCUGAUAUAUAAAACGGGGACGUUCACCGUAGAAGAAAGUAGUAAAAGGCAUAUAUCAUUGAUGUCAUUUUGUUCAUAGUUACAGGGCUAUCCGAGUUAUGGACCAGCUUGCUAUUUCUGGCAAGAUAAUUGAACAUGUUGACUAGUUGAUUUGAAUUGAAGACAAAAUGACCACAUAACACCUACUUUAUAAAAGAAAGUUAAAUGAGUGACUUUGAAGGUAUGCUUGGUAGGCAACCAAAUAAUCUUAUAUAGUUAGUACGGAGUACAACCACAAAGUGGCGCUGAUGCUGGAUUUUCCCGUCGUUCUUUUUGAUAGUCCAAUAUUUUUGACGUUAAUGUAUUCGUAAUUUAGAAUUGAAAUUUGAAUUUUAAUAAUAAUAUUUUUAAUAUUGAACGUUAAAAUGAAUUUAAAUUCACAAACUUAAUCUUUGAAACGGAGGCUUAUCGAAAGCGGGGAUUUAAAAAGUGCGUGGUGCCUGGUCGUACUGAUACAAUCGGUAAAAGGCAUACAUUUCCAAAAUUAGAUGUUUUAACAAAUGGAUCGAGCAAGUGCGAAAUCCAGUUUUGGACGAUAAAAGUCACGAACAAAUUUAUAAAAGACAUGUGUGACUUAAAUUUUUCGGAAAGUACUUUAAACGAUUUUUCUUGGUAACCAAGUAAUGGAAAAACCGAAUAACUGUAAAGUUUUCAUUUUGCCCUGCACAGGAGUCACGGGAAAUGGCAAGUUCUUUCGCUUCCAUAGGCAGGAUGUUAUAAAAAAAGUGAUACAGCAUAGAACAGACAUCGUCAGCUCCUUUCAUAGCAAUAAGUUUUUUUGGUAAUCCAUUGUGAUACUUUCGAUAGCGGGGAACUUCGAGGCACUUUUGCGGUAAGUUAUCCUUAGACUGUAAAAUCGCUCACUCCUUUUUGAUGUAAUGUCUUCUCAAGUAUUGUUUUUUCUCCAAAUUAUUACUUGCUGACUGCCUAGUUUGUUCCGUAGCAGUAAGUGAAGAUAUAUCAGCUUUUGAGGAAUCACACGUAUUACAAGUAUCUUUUCGUAGAUAACCGAACGGUAUAUUGAAGUUGUUUUCAAAGAUUUCUCGGAAGGAUUCAUAGGAAAUCUUGUUAUCAACAUUGCCAAUAGAUAAAUUUUGUGUAAUUUUGCGAUAUUUAGAUUUCACAUGGACCGAUGCCGUUUUUCCAUACACGCGCAGGGACUCAUGCCAUUCUUCCCCGGCACAGGAAAUCUUAUAGUUGUUUUGUGAACCUAAGCCCUUUUUACAAUUUAUGAAGCUGAUUACAAGAUAGCAUCAGGAAAAUGCCACCAAAAUAAACUGAAAGCUCAAUUUAGCCAUAGCCGUAUUUCCCUGGUACUCUUCCUAUACCGGGUGACUUUGAAGUUGAGUCAUUAAUUUUCAGAUAAUGAUUGUAGAAGGAAGAUAAACCAAAAUAUGUGUGUAAAAAUAAAAUAAAAAUGUUACCUUGUUUAAUAAAGUAUCCUCCCGACAAGUAUUUCAGUGCGGACCUGUAUUUGAUCGUGCGGUCUUGGAGCACCGGCAUGCUGUCACCUGUGAGGUCUUAAGGCACCUGAUUCACGAGCCCUUUGUACUACAUUAACAAAGGCACGAGGGGUUGGUUGCACUCGAUUGGGAAACCGAUUCGCAUAAAUCCGUGAUGCAUCCGGCAGCAUUUUGUAAAGACUGCCCCCCCGUAAAUAAGAAUCUUGUCCACAAGUUCAGCAUUUUCGUAAACAUGUGCCAUUUUUCAUUUCGUUUGAGUCACGCAACAAACAUCACUAUUCACCCACGCGUUACCGACUGACGAAAAACAACGUGAUAAACGUUUCAAAUUCUUUCGCUUUUUUGUUUCCAAUGCGAUGAACCGAUAUCCGUUGUUGCCAAACACAUAAUAUUAUUAUUGAGACAGGGCGGUACUCAAACUUCCAAAGGGCUAUAACUUUGUUACUUUAAUUUUACCAGAAAAAUGGUAAAGGAAAAAAACAUUUCUUUUGAUCAGAUCUACUCACUGUUAAAAUAAAUGACUCAACUUCGAAGUCACCCUGUAUACUUGCACUAUGUAAUCAGUGAAUACUCAGGAUUAAAUGAUUCAAAUAUUUUGGUGUCCUGAAAACUUCCACAGUAUUUACGGUUUGCACAGUUUUUUGAAAAACUCGUCUAGCAUAGACAUAAUGAAAUUCAAUUAUUUUUUCGGAAAAUGUGUAGAGUAGUCCCGAAAAGUCAUGAAGGGAGUAGAGAAAUUGCUAAUUGUAAAUUUUUAUGUGUAGUAUUAAAAAAAAUUACACAUUUUAAAAAUAAAAUCAAGAUGACCUCAUUUUACUCAAUAUCUUGUAUAUAAUUUGAAUAUUUAAUUCGAAUAUAGCUCCACAGUGUAAGAGCGAAGUCCAAAGAUGGCGCUGGGUAUUCUAUUUUUUUAAAGGGUUCUAUAAUAAUUCGUAUAGGUUCUAUGAAAAGUUCGGAGUAUAUCCCAGGGAUGGCGCUACAAACUUGAGACAAACCUUUAGCAUUAAAGAUUCGCUUAUAAAGUAGGUGUUAUGUGAAAAUGACGACAAGGUCACAUGUCUACUGAUAUCUUGCCAAUAUGGCUCUUCAAGAGAAACUUUUCCCACACGAGAUAAUAAAAAAGCCACACGUGAUCAUUUAAAUGCAGACAUGGCACAAAUAACAGCUUACUCGCAAUCAUUCUUUGUAUAUUUGUGGCGAACGUCUUGUGGCCAGCCCGUAAACUGUUGAAUUUGAUCAGAACUGCUUUCAAAGCAUUACAGUAAAACUGUUUUUAGCUUGGGGUUGAAACAGAAUGCAUUAGAGAAAAAUGCCGAUUGUGGUGCAUAUAAGCAAUAGUAAUAACAUAUAAAUAACACGCAAAAAAGUUAAAGCAAAGUUGCAUGUAUUACUAUUUUGUACCAUCAGUAGAUUGAUCUACUUACUGCAUUCUGGCGAAAACUGGAGGUAUUUGAUAUGAUAGAUACGCGUUUCGCUUUUCAAACAGUUGGCGACGAUACUUAUAAAAUAAAGUUCAUCAAAAUGUAUCCUUUGACAUGUUUGGCGUUCAUUUCAUCUUUUCUUGUACAUCAUCCUAUUUUUGAUUCGCUUUUAGUGAGAUACUUUUUUUGUACUGAAACUUUGCUUUUUUAUGCAUUUUACACUAACUGUUAAGGUGUACUACUGAAGUAGCGUUUGUGAUAUGUUGGACGUUGCAAUGACAGAAAAGGUGGAAAUACUGAGCUUUUAAGUUUUUUUGUUAUUACUAAGAUUAAAAAAGAAGAUUGUUGUAUUUCUUUGUUGACAUGAUAGAGAUAAGCGAAAAACGAGUUCAUAUUUCGUUAGUGUUAUUUUUUAGACUACUUGGAUCUCUAAAAAUUUUAUGCGGCUGUUCUUAAUAACAAUUAUUUUUGAUGACAUGUUUAUACAAAAUUGUAAAACUCAAAUCUGUCUAGCUUAAUAGGAAAAUAUUAUACUGCCAUUUAUCGUACACCACAAACACACUUAAUUAAAAUUUAUGUAAUUGUUAAGAAUUUGCCAUUAUAUAUUGUUUGUUGUCAUUAAGGUUGUGUCUCCUUCAAAAGGAAGUUAUAGAAAACACUUGUUAGCCUCUCAUUUGCAACCCCAAUUCGUGUACAAUAUGCACAUGUUAUCUCUACAUUAUGUUCAAAACUAUCGGCAUACAUGAAAAUAUAUCUGAACAUUAGCUGUAUUUGUCAUAGAUACAGAGGUCGUACAUGUUGAUAUAGUAAAAAUGAUAACAUUUAGAAGAUUGUUGAUUUUUUGGAUACAGUAAUUUCAACAAUGAUAUGCAACGCAAAAGUAUUGCAAAACUUAUCACUAUGGGUUCAAAUCUAUCAAUCUGAUGUUUUACGUGGUUAUUUUUAGUUUGAUACAGGUCAAACUUCAAAAUUCGUAUAAUAGUAAUUAAGUUGUGCUGAUGAAAUUUUCCAAUUGGCGCAAAGCCCAGAAAUGCUUUUAUAUUGGAGAUACAGGCUGUUAAAGUUUUGGUACCUUGUGGGUAGGCCUGCCUGCGCUAUUUUACGAAAAUUGACUCGUUUUUAAUGUUCUCGGGCAAUUUAAUGAUAAUAUAAAAAUCUCGUGAACUGUUACAAGAUAUACAGGGUGUCCCCAACAAAAAUGGAAAGCUGUUUAAAAGAAAGGCUCCAUAAAAUAUUCGAAAACGGCUUGCUCAAUAAUAUUAGCAUCUUAUAGGUGUGUAUCUGAACUAUUUGGAAAUAUACAGGGUGUUGCACAAUUUCGUGAUACAACAAUGUUUUUUUAAUAGAACACCCUAUAUUAUACACAGUGUUAAGUGUGUACCAUGAAUUCAAAGACAAACAUAUGAACAUAGGUCCGGAAAUUCUUUGUUCUCCAGAUAUAGGGUAUUAAAUUUAAAAAAAAAUCUUAAAUAUCCUUUACCUAUUUUUUUUGUAAUUUGGUGUUGGUAUUCAUACCAUUAGGGAACUAAUUUAGUCCUAAAUUGAUUAAAUUUAUUGAGUCCACUGGCGUCUCGGGCGGGAUCUGAACGAAUAUUUGUGACAAAAAAAUGUACGCCACUGACUUUUGUGCAAUUUUUAAUAUAUCCUUUGGAUUAAGUAAAUGAAAAUACAACUUUUUUGUCUCUUGAUUUAUUUUUGUAUCUUCC